AUGGGUGACUGGAACCUGCUGGGCAGCAUUCUAGAAGAGGUCCACAUUCAUUCCACUAUCGUGGGCAAGAUCUGGCUUACCAUACUCUUUAUCUUCCGCAUGCUGAUCCUGGGUGCAGCUGCUGAGGACGUAUGGGACGACGAGCAGUCCGAGUUUGUCUGCAACACUGACCAGCCAGGCUGCAAGUCGGUCUGCUACGACCGUGCAUUCCCCAUCUCCCUUAUUCGCUACUGGGUCCUGCAAGUCAUCUUUGUCUCUGCGCCCUCGCUGGUCUACAUGGGCCAUGCCCUCUACUGCAUCCAAGCACUGGACAAAGAGCGCCACCGCAGACGGGCCCAGCUCAGGGAGGAGCUGGACGAGGUUGAGUCGGCUUUGGACGAACAUAAGCGCAUGGAGAGGGAGCUAAAGAGGCUGGAAGAGCAGAAAAAGGUGAAGAAGGCUCCUCUCAGAGGCUCUUUGUUGAGAACCUACAUCAUCCAUAUCCUUACACGCUCUGUGGUGGAGGUCUGCUUCAUCCUGGGCCAGUAUACACUCUAUGGCGUCCAACUGGAGCCACUCUAUAGGUGUGAGAGGAUGCCAUGCCCCAACAGUGUAGACUGUUACAUCUCCAGGCCCACAGAGAAGACCAUCUUCAUGGUCUUCAUGAUCGUCAUUGCUGGUGUGUCACUUUUCCUCAAUGUUCUGGAAAUAUCCCACCUGGGCAUCAGGAAAAUCAAACAGACACUGUACGGAGAGAGGUACGCGGAAGACGACAGUUUGAUUUACAAGUCCAAGAAGAAGGCGUCCUUUCCACACCUUUGUGUAAUGAGUAAUGUAUCACCUCACAAUGGGCCUUUGACUCAGACCUUCAAAGUGAUUCCAGAGGCGGACAUGAAGCCUCUUUAUUACAACACUGGGCUCAAAGCCAACCAGGAUGCAUCGAGACACAACAGCUUGGCUUAUGUGGGACACAGUCAGACCAGCUAUAUCUGUCCCCAACCUAGGAUGCCACCCAGGUCUGGCCAGAACUGUGAAAUCCAAGCCCCACAAACCCAUGAAGGUCCAGAGGUCCAAACAGCUAAGGUGGACCACCAUCCAGCUUGGGCGUCUGCUGCGUCUAUUACGGAGGGAAGUGCAACAAGCCAUCAUGAGGAUCCCAGUGAGGGAGAACACCCUCACCCGAGCCAUUUGGAAGCUCUGCUUUGCGCUAGCAUCUUAAGGCCCAGUGCUAUCAGAGACCUGGAUGAAGAUGAGCGUAGGGAGUCAAUGGGAAGCCAAGUACUGAUCCCCAACCCCAGGAAGACCAGCUUCAUGACCAGGCCACCAUCUGAGAGCUACUCCUCCAUCAGUGGCUCCACGAGCCCUUCCUUACAUACCUCAGAGGAGUCGGAUGAACUGGGCUCCCUGCAGGGAGACAUGCCCAUGAUGCCGCCUGCCGGAGGCCGAAGAAUGUCAAUGGCAAGUAAAGAGCAGCGAUUGUCUCAUGUGUAUGAACCGCAUUUCACACUAGUCCGGAACACUGAAGGCAACGUUAUUGAAAACAGAGUGCACCUGACAAUCUGGGAGCAGUUUACUACUCACCUGGGUUUUGUCUGCCCAAGGUCUCUGUGUGUUUUCACUUCAUCAAAGUUGAUUUGA